GUUUUAUUCAAAGAAGAAACUGUUCGUGCUGGGCGAAUGGGUGCUGUAACUGAUGACGAAGUUAUUAGAAAACGUCUUCUCAUUGAUGGAGACGGAGCAGGAGACGACAGACGUAUCAAUGUUCUGUUGAAGAGCUUUACCAAAUGGUGCAAUUCAACUGGAUCUCCUGAAGAAGGAUUCACACAGUACCAGAGGAUGUUGGGUACAUUGGCACAAUGUGAAUUUUCAAUGGGGAAGACCUUGCUGGUGUAUGACAUGAACCUCCGGGAAAUGGAAAACUAUGAGAAAAUAUAUACUGACAUUGAACAAAACAUCACAUCAGCACAUGAUAAAAUAUCAGAAUGCAAAAAGGAGAUCCAGAGGGCAAAGAGAAUACGAAAGAAUCGUCAAGAGUAUGAUGCACUGGCAAAAGUCAUCCAGCAACAUCCAGAUCGCCAUGAAACACUGAAGCAGUUGGAGGCACUUGACAAAGAGCUCCAGCAGUUGUCUCACAUCAAAGAGAAUGUGGAAGAUAAGCUGGAGUUGAGGAAGAAACAGUUCCAUGUGCUCCUCAGUACCAUCCAGGAACUACAGCAGACACUGGAGAAUGAUGAGAAGUCAGAGAAUGAUGACACUCAGGAAAGCUCCAUGGAGAAUGGAGAAUGAAUUCAUCUCGGCUGUCAAUGUAAUUUAGUUGGGUACAAUUUUUUUGAUAAUGCUUUUCAUUUGAACAAUGAGGUUUCACUUGAGUUGACAUUUUGUUUUUAUAGUACCUGUAUGUAUUUUUGCUGAAUAAAGUUGUCAAUUGCU